AUGACUCGAAAAUAUAAAGGAUCUGUAAAACGAGGUUCAUCAAUACGUGCUGUAAAGAUAUCUAUUAGACAUUUACCACCAGAUCUAACUGAAGAAGAAUUGAUGUCCUAUUUUAAAGGUUUCCUAAAUCCUGGAACAUAUCAAUUUUAUUCUUCUAAUGAGUUUAAAUUAAAUACUGAUGCAUUUUCAUUUUGUACAGUUUCUUUCAAAAACAAUGAAAUAGCAAUGGAGUUUGCCAAGAAAUUUGAUGGAAAACCAAUAAAAUCAUCUAACGGAAUUUCUACAAACAUUUCAAUUGAGAUUGCUACAAAUGAAAAAAAUGCUUUUAAAAAAAUAGCAUCAACAAAGGACACCUCAUUAUGUACUCAAAAACUUAAAGAAAGUAAAGUUUUUAAGGAUUAUUUUAGUGAGGAGGAUAAGCAAGCUUUUGUACCUGACUUCUCGAAGAUGCUUGAAGAAAUUGAGGAGCAGGAGACUCGAAGGAUAUUUGGAGAUUUAAGAGAAACACCUUUAACCAAAGAGGUAGGUGUUAUUUAUCUUACAAAAGAGGAACGUGGUGGAAUUAGAAUUCCAAAAGAAAAGAAAGAUAGAGAAAAGAGGUUCCGUGAAAGAAAAGAAAAAAAACAGAUUAAAAAACUUUUAAAAGGGGUUAAAAAGGAAAAGUCUAAAUCAAAUGAUUUGGAUGAUAGUCCAAUGAUUAUAAUAAAUUCAAAGUAUAAAUCAAAUAGCUCUUCAAGUCAAUAUUCACCAGGUAUAAAAGUUGAAUCAAAGUCAGGUAACAAAUUACCAGGUAUAAUAUUAGCAAAAAGAAGUACAGAUGGUUCAGUAAAUGUACUUUCUAAAGGUACUGAAAUAAAAACUAAGAAAUCAGAUGAAAAGAGUAAAGAAUUUGGAGAUAAGAAAGAUAAAAGUAAGAAAGUUAAAAAGGAAAAACCAGUUGAAAAGAAGAAGAAAAGUAGAGAGGAUGAAGUUGAUUCUUCAAAUAUAAUUUUUGCCUUAAAGAAAAAAGAGAACGAAACUUUGGAAAAACCAAAAAAUGAGGUUUGUAAGGUGGAUAAUGAUAACGAUUCAGGAAAACAAAAACGACGUGGUUACGUACCAGGAAUGGUUGCCAAAAGAAUUUUUGAAAAUAAUUCAAAUAGUUAA